AGAGCCGAUCGCAAUGGCAACACUGCCAUGAGGACAGUCAAAAAUCUGCAUUAAAAAAACUUCCCUAGCUUGCUUGCUGCAGCAAGCCAUUCAAUCUUGAGGAUUUUCAUUUCAUCUCUUAUGAUGGGAGAUUCCGAUUUGUCUUCGCUUAUUCGACUCAGCAUCGGAGGGAAGAAAUAUUGUACCACCAUUGAUACAUUAACCCAGCGUGAGCCGGAUACCAUGCUGGCUGCUAUGUUCAUCGGUCGACAUGCAUUGUGUCAUGACUCUGAGAAGGGAUAUAUCUUCGUUGACAGAGACGGAAAGCAUUUCCGGCAUAUUCUAAACUGGUUAAGGGAUGGCAUUGUACCCACAUUGACAGAUGCUGAAUAUUCAGAGGUUAUGCUAGAGGCAGAAUACUAUCAGCUACUUGGGCUGAUAGAAGGAAUCAGUUUUGUUCUUAAUAAGAGGAAGGAAGAUGAAGAAUAUCAUGCGGAAUUGACUCGUACCGAUAUCAUCAAAUGCAUACAGUCUGAAAGAGUUAGAUUUCGGGGAGUUAAUCUUUCUGGCCUUGAUCUCUCUAAAUUGGAUCUUUCAUUUGUGGAUUUCAGCUUUGCCUGUCUUAAAAAUGUAUUUUUCUCGCGUGCAAAUCUUCAUUGUGCAAAAUUCCGGGAUGUGGAUGCUGAGGGUUCGAUUUUUCACAAUACAACUUUGCGUGAGUGUGAAUUUACAGGUGCAAAUCUUCGCGGGGCUUUACUAGCAGGGGCAAAUCUUCAGAGUGCAAAUCUUCAAGAUGCCUGUUUGAUAGAUUGUAGCUUCUGUGGGGCGGAUCUUCGUUCUGCACACUUGCAGACUGCUGAUCUUACUGAUGCCAACUUAGAGGGAGCUAAUCUUGAAGGAGCCAAUUUGAAGGGUGUGAAAUUAAGCAAUGCAAAUCUGAAGGGUGCAAACCUCCAAAGGGCUUAUUUACGACAUGUUAAUCUUCGUGAUACGCAUUUGGAGGGUGCAAAGCUUGAUGGAGCAAACUUGCUGGGAGCAAUCAGGUGAUGAUGGGACAAGAACUAGCAUGUUUGUUAUAUGCCAUGCAUGUUUGACAUGGGGUAUUAUCAUAUUUUCUUCAGAGUUUUUUUAAUGCAUUUCUUCAAGUAUCUUUAGAGAUUAUCUCUAUGCUCCUGUUUGGGGCAU